CUUGCUUCAGUGUGUCAGCUAAGCGAAGAUACCUUUGCCUUCUUCGCGGGUUCUCUAUCUUUAUGGUUUUUUUUUUUCCUCUCUCUCUCGGGAUGUCGCCUGAAAGUUAGAAACAAAAACCACCAUUCGUGCUCUCACUCCUCUAUACGCCGUCGCGUUUAGUGUCAGGCUUUUUUUAGCUAAAAGCCGCUAGUAGUUUUCCGUUAAUCGGAGUAUAUUAUCCCCCAUGCAUUUGCCUUGAGAGAAUGGGUUGCGUCUUCGGCAAGCAAUCACAAUCAUCAUCAUCGGGUCGCCGGCGGAGCAACACCGCAGCUCCACCACAUCCUCCUCGUUCUCGUCGUCGCCGGAGCUCCGACGAGUCUCCCACUAUAGUUUCAGUCACUGAUGCCGUUGACGGCGUCGUGGAUGUGAAAGAGCCAGAGACACCGAGGCAACAGCAGCAAAAAGCAAGACACACCGGUGAUUUCGAGGCUAGAAUUCCGGCGCCGGAGAGACGGCGACCGCCGCCGGACCUGAACCAACAAGGUUGGCCUUCAUGGCUGAUGGCCGUCGCUGGCGAAGCCAUACGUGAUUGGACCCCAAGACGUGCCAACACCUUUGAGAAGCUUGACAAGAUUGGCCAAGGGACUUACAGCAACGUGUACAAAGCUAGGGAUCUACUAACAGGGAAAAUAGUGGCAUUAAAGAAGGUUAGGUUUGACAAUUUGGAGCCAGAGAGUGUAAAGUUCAUGGCGAGAGAGAUUCUUGUCUUAAGGAAGCUUGACCAUCCCAAUGUAAUCAAGCUUGAAGGUUUAGUUACUUCAAGAAUGUCUUGUAGUCUUUACUUGGUUUUUGAAUACAUGGAGCAUGAUCUUGCCGGCCUCGCUGCCUGCCAAGGAAUCAAGUUCACUGAACCUCAGGUAAAGUGCUAUAUGAAGCAAUUACUUUCUGGGCUAGAGCAUUGCCACAAACAAGGUGUUUUGCAUCGUGAUAUCAAGGGUUCUAAUCUGCUUAUUGACAAUGAAGGGAUUCUAAAAAUUGCUGAUUUUGGACUGGCUACCUUUUAUGAUCCUGAGCAGAAGAAGCCCCUGACUAGUCGAGUAGUCACUCUCUGGUACCGUCCACCUGAACUGCUUCUUGGGGCAACUUAUUAUGGCGUUGGGGUAGACCUCUGGAGUGCUGGCUGUAUUUUGGCAGAGCUGCUUUCUGGGAAGCCAAUAAUGCCGGGAAGGACAGAGGUUGAACAACUGCAUAAGAUAUUCAAGUUAUGUGGAUCCCCUUCUGAGGAAUAUUGGAAGAAAUUCAAAUGGCCUAAUGCAACACUCUUUAAGCCACAGCAGCCGUACAAACGCUGUAUAGCGGAAACUUUCAGGGAUUUUCCAUCUUCUUCUUUACCUCUAAUUGAAACUCUUCUUUCAAUAGACCCUGAAGAGCGAAAUACUGCCACUGCAGCUCUUAAUAGUGAUUUCUUCACCACUGAACCAUAUGCUUGUGAGUCAUCAAGUUUACCAAAGUAUCCUCCCAGUAAAGAAAUGGAUGUAAAAUUGAGAGAUGAAGAAGCAAGAAGACAAAGAGGUCUAGCCAACAAAGUUAAUGCAGUUGAUGGAGCCAGGAGAAUAAAAGUUCGUGAACGUGCUAGUCGGGCAAUCCCAGCCCCUGAAGCAAAUGCUGAGAUUCAAGCCAACUUAGAUAAAUGGAGAGUCAUGACACAAACAAACGUCAAGAGCAAGAGUGAGAAAUUCCCACCUCCCCAUCAAGAUGGAGCUGUUGGGCAUCCAGUAGAUACAUCACAGAAAGGUCCUAUAUCAUUUAAUGCGAGUGACACCUCUUUCAGCUCAUCGAUUUUCACCUCCAAGUCAUCUGGAUCUGCUAAAAGUUCUGAGCCUGGGAGCGGUCCUUCCAGAAGAAGGAAAACCAAGAGAGACCCCCCUAGGGCUCCAUCUCGAAAGUUCAUCCGAGGUCUCAAACCAUCCUCAAUAGGCCUAUCCGUGGAUAUGCUAUUUAGGGGUAAAUCUGAAGUCUUCCGUAGCCAGAAUUAGAAUAGUAUUACAAGUUUAUAAAAUUCCUUUUUGUGUGGAGGUGUUCAUUUUCGUUCCGUAACUGAAAAUGCAUUUUUCCCAUUUAUUUUCCUCCCCCGACCCAUUUAUUUGUAUCUGAUCAUAUAAAUAUCUGGUGUACAAACCACGCCGCCGCCAUCCCAAAUGAUUUGGUGUAUAAUCUGCCAAUGCAGUUCCACUUUUUGUUGUACAGUUUUUGGAUGAUAGUGGUGCUACUUUUUCGA